AUGAAAUGCUGCAAAUUUCUAAAGUUACUUUUUGUAACAAUUAUUUUUAUUGAGGUAAUUCCACCAACAUGCGCCCGUGUAGUAAAUACAACCUCUGGACCCGUGCAAGGAUUACUAAAUCAUUGGCAUAACUUAGACUACUAUUCAUAUUUGGGAAUUCCAUAUGCCGAAAGCCCAGUUGGAAAGCUACGAUUUAUGCCUCCAGUUCCAAAAAAAUCAUGGAAACGAAUACUUGACGCAACACAAGAAGGGCCUGUAUGUCCACAAGGACAUGGUCCACAAGAACCGUACAAAAUAGAAGAAAUGAGCGAGGAUUGUUUAUUUUUAAAUAUACAUAUUCCUGCAAACGUACAGAAAAAUAAACUGUCCGUAUUUGUAUUUGUACAUGGCGGAACGUUUCGUUUGCUUUCGGGAAACAGUGACGUUUUAUACGGACCACAACUCUUCCUUGAACAGGGAUUAAUCUUUGUGACAAUGAACUUUAGAUUAGGAGCGUUGGGAUUUCUGUCACUUGAUAUCGAAGAAGCGUCGGGUAACGCGGGAUUAAAAGACGUAAUACUCGCCCUAAAGUGGAUUAACAACAAUAUUGAACGAUUUGGAGGAGAUCGAAAUAAAAUAACAAUCGGCGGACAUAGUUCUGGAGCAUCAGCGGUUCAUUACUUAUUAUUAACUCAACAAGCCAGUGAUCUUUUUCAACGAGCUAUACUCAUAAGUGGUAGCGCUGUUUCUCAUAGAUUUAUUGCCAGACAUGCAAAAGAUAAUACCCUUAUUUUAGCUAAAGAAUUAGGUCUGAUGACAGAUGACGUACAUGAAUUAUUAAAAAAGCUUCAAGAAAUAAAAGUUUUCGACUUAAUAGACGCUGAACUAAACUUAACCAAAUAUGAUGACGUUGUUUUGCGACCAUUUAGUAUGUUUGUACCAACUAUAGAAAUAAACUCUUUACAUGCAGUAAUUACUUCUGAUCCCAUUAAACUGCUAAAUUUAGGAUUGGUACAAAAUAUACCUAUUUUAGUAGGUUUUAACUACAGAGAAGGUAUUUACGGUAUUCCUAAAAUUAUGCAGAAUAAAGAUAAAUUAAAGAAAUUAAAAGAAAAUAUGGAAUAUUCCAUACCAUCUGAUAUUGAAUAUCCACUAGGGUCCAAAAUUUCUAAGGACUUAGCAAAAUCUAUAAGUCAAUAUUAUUUCAACAGUGACUUAUCGAACUUUACAUUAAAUAAUAUUGUGGACUUAAUCUCUGACUCUCAAUAUAUUUAUAGUAUUGAUUCAUGGAUUAAAAAGUAUAAGAAAGUGAAUGGCAGCAAUUCGGUAUAUUAUUAUAUGUUCAACUUUGACGGGGAUUUGAAUUGGUCGAAAAUAAAUUACAACAUAGAUUUCCCUGGAACUUCUCAUGCAGAUGAACUAGGUUACAUCUUUAUCACGAAGAAAACCAAAGACAUGUUAAAUAAAAUAGAUUGUAACAGCCACUUAGUCAAGAAUAUAAUGACGACAUUAUUUUCAAACUUCAUAAAAUUUGGGAAGCCCACUCCACAAAAUCUAGCUAGUAACUACAAAUGGCCUGAAUAUGGUAAAAAUGGAACGUUUCUUAUUAUAAAUGAAAACCCAACUGAAGGUACCCUUUCGCCUCCGCUUUUGGCUAGACUGAAGUUUUGGUACGAUGUAUAUGAAACAUAUUACAAUUAUGUCGAAAACGGUGGUAAACUGGAGGCAAAAAAUAUACCGUAG